AUGAAGUCAGCACUUCUAAUACUUGUGUUAUCAUCCAUCAAAAGAGGUACGUGUUUCCUUCAUCGCUCUCCUCUCCAAAAGUAUGCUAUUCCCGUCAUAAAUGACAUCAUUUAAUAGCAACAACAGCCCUAUUAUACACCCUUUAUUCUCGGCUUUUCAUCUGAAACCACCUCCCAAUUCAAGAAUUCCCUUCGUUUGGUUGUAAUGAGUCAAUCACUCUCGACAACGAACAAAGGGCCGAAUCGGAGAGGUGUGUAAUAAUGACCGUACGGGCGAAAGGGCAAAACACAUGAUCAGAUGGCAGACAGAGUGGCGUCGUACGAAACAUUUCAUUCCAGGUUCGGCGCAAAUCAACCUCGGCUCUUUCUUCCUUCAUCCUCAGAAUGGAGGCGGCUUUGAUAUGGGCAUGGGACAGGGGGCCAACAUUCUUGGAUUCGGUGGAGAUCGCAGCUUCAAUUUGGGUGGAAACAAUGCCGGAUUUGCAAUGGGAUGUGAGCAAUUCACACUGGUCUUUGAGCUCAACCCAAAAUGCACAUUUUCAGCAAACAACGGCGCGCUUGUCGGAGGUCAGAGAGUCGGGGUCGAUGGAGGAAUCGGAGGAGGACGAGAAGGCGUCGAGAUGGGCAGUCAGGUGCAGUUCGGCAACGAGCCGAACCCGAUGCAUCCGGCAGGACAAUUCGGAAGUUUCCUCGACAACGUCAAGAACUUUUUCUCCUUCCUGGGUGAGACUCUUUGUUCUUCUCUGCGUCGUUCUUAUCUCGAUCAAGCAUCAAUCAGCUUUCCCUUUUUGUUUUGUCCUCUCAGAACAGAAUAGCACGUACAAUGUGUUUGUGUGGGCUUUGAACGUCUAUUCCUGACACUCUUACAGGUCGUGGAAUGCCGAUGCCUCCACCGCCGCCACAACAGCCACCUCCGUCCCCUCCGUUCUCGUUGGGAAUCACGCGUCCGCCGACUUUGAUCGGAACUGAAGGAGCAGGAGAACGGCACAAGCGUGAGUGCAAAGAUCCGAAAAGAAGAGAUUCAGAGUGGAGUUUCAGCUCGACCAUGGUUCCCAGAAGGAGAGGAAGGACCAGAAGAAAGGGAAAUAAUCGAGGAGGUGAAAUCGAAAGAAGCAGAAGUUCAUUCUGGAAGUUCGUCUGGAGAGGCAGAGAUUAUCGGGCCGAAUAAUGGAAACGAAAAGGAGAUUGCGGCGAAAUCAGUGGAAUUCAGUGUGGACAAAGAGCCGACGGACGAGUUCCCCGAAGAUUUGUUCACUGCUCAAACAAACCGACCACGGCAGCUUCCAGGACUCAUCGAAUUCGCCUAG